AUGCUCUUUCGUUUUUCUCACCGCACCUUUUUACUUCGCACGACAACAACAACCACUGUAAAACCAACUCGACGCUUUUUCCAAGCAAUGGCAACUCAACAACAAGAAUCAAAGCAAACUGGCAUUCUCAACUGGGCUUCCAAGGAUGGUGAAUUCCGACGCCAAGUCUCCAGCUUCCGCGAUAGCAUUAGCAAUGAGCCCGGUAGCCGUUUCACUCCAGAACCAGAUCGGUAUCAUCUUUAUGUAUCACUUGCAUGUCCAUGGGCCCAUCGUACAUUGAUCGUACGUGAACUCAAGGGAUUGCAACCAUUCAUUACUGUCUCGGUGGUUGAUUAUCUUAUGCUCGAUAAGGGAUGGAAAUUCUCGACUCCUGAAGAAUGUCCAGGUGCUAUCCCAGACACUGUCAACAAUGCUCAAUACAUCAGAGAGCUCUAUUUCAAGGUUGAUCCCAAUUAUAGCGGCCGUUUCACUGUUCCAGUGCUAUGGGAUAAGAAGACCGGUACCAUUGUCAACAAUGAAAGUUCAGAGAUCAUUCGCAUGUUCAACACAGCAUUCGACAGCCUCUUGCCUGAAGAAAAAAAGAAGAUCAACUAUUACCCCGAGCCUCUUCAAAAGGACAUUGAUGAAUUGAAUAGCUGGGUGUAUGACACUGUCAACAAUGGUGUAUACAAGUCUGGAUUCGCUACUACCCAGCAAGCUUAUGAAAACAACGUGUAUCCACUCUUUGAUUCUUUGGAUCGUAUCGAGAAAAUCCUCUCUGAAUCCGACUACUUGGUCAAGAACACAUUCACUGAAGCUGAUAUUCGUUUAUUCACCACCAUUGUGCGAUUCGAUCCCGUGUACCAUGGUCAUUUCAAGUGCAACAAAAAGUCGAUCGAAAAGGAUUACCCUAACAUCCUUCGUUGGACCCGUCGUAUUUACCAAAUGCCCGGUGUUGCAAGCACUGUGAACAUGGAUCACAUCAAGAGACAUUACUACAUGUCCCAUCGUCAAAUCAACCCCACCCAAGUAGUCCCUGUAGGCACUGGUCCUGAUCUUUCCCUUCCCAUUGAAUAA